AUGAAUCCAAUGAACAUAGCUGGCAUGGCUGGGAUGAAUGCGAUGCCAGGUGGUCCUGUCGGUGGUGUUCCUAUGAUGAACACCCAAUCAGUUUCGCGAGACCAGAAUAUGACACAGGAGAGCGUCUAUAUGCAGCUUAACACAUGCAUCUACGACUACUUUCUCAAGCGCGGCCAGUUUGACGUGGCGCGAAUGCUAUUAAAUGACGACAACAUCAAACUAGACACCGACGAUGCCAAAUCCAGUCCGAACCACAUGAAUGGUGUCGAUGGCGAUACCUCGAUGGGCGACAACAAAGAUGAAAAAAUAAGAAUACCCGACGAUUUCCCCCGGCCUCGUGUUCCGAUGGAUUCAGGAAAUUCUUUUCUGUACGAAUGGUUCAGCCUCUUUUGGGAUAUCUUCGCCGCACAACGCAAAAGACCUCCUAUGAACCAAAUGGCCCAGGCCUAUGUCAACAGCUCACAAGGUUUAAUGCGCAUGCGAGAACAAGCCAAUCAAAAUUUUCUGCGUCAACCUCAGAUGAUGAUGCAAAAUCAGAUGGGUUUGCGUCGCAAUGGGGUGCCAAACAUGAACAACAUGAACCUGCAAAAGACGGCUCUUCAAAAUAACGCAUCCGGAAUCAAUGCCUCCGCAAUGAAUCCCCAACAAAUAGCUCAGUUACAGCAGACCAAACAGAUACAGAUGCAACGCGAACACUCGGAUAUGGACAUGAACGGUCAUCGCCCGCAGUCGCCAUCUUCGGCCGAUAACGCCCCGUCGCCGUCGAAACGACCACGAUUAGAAGUCCAGCAAGGGCAGCCAAUGCCUCCCAACGGUCGUGUACCCGGUCAAAUGCCCGCUCAAAUGACUCAACAGCAGGCGAUAUUGAUGCAGAAUGGGAUGAAUGGUCGGGGGAUGAAUCCAGCGCAAUUUCAAGCGUUCCAGCAGCAGCAGGCUGGCCAGGCUGCAGCGCAGCAAAAAUCCAUGCAGGUAUAUGCUCAGAACUUGCUCCUUCAUCACUCGCGCUCAGCAAUGAAUAACCAGGGCAUGCCAAACGGAUUAAUGAACAACGGACUUAUGCCGAACCAAAAUGACCUCAUGUCUCAAAUGCCGGACGGGCAAGGCGGUAUGCAGAUGGUGAACUCGCAGUUUUACAACGGCGACAUGGCUGGAAUGGGUCGAGGAAUGCCACAGGUGCCGAACGGGAAUGGGAACCAUGCACUCCAAGAUUAUCAAAUGCAAUUGAUGCUGCUAGAACAGCAGAACAAGCGCCGCUUGAUGAUGGCUCGUCAAGAGCAGGAUAGCAUUACCACCCGCCCUGACGGUCAGCCUAUGCCUCCUGGUCAACCCGGCCUACCUCCAGGUACUUCACCACAAGGCAGCCGAACCGGAGCGUCACCGAAUCCGAGCGAACAGAUGAAACGAGGAACGCCGAAGAUAUCGCAGACUGGACUGCCGGGCUCGCCAAGUGCCGGUGAUCUCCAGGGACGUGGAUCUCCCGCGUCCAUGAACUUCAAUCCUGGUCAGAUGGGAGCAGAUAUGAACAACGCAUUUUUCAACAACAUGCGACCUCCAACAUCGAAUCAGGGAGGAUUCAACCCACAAAUGAAUCAGAUGCAGCAACCUAAUGGGCGGAUGCCAAAUGCCAAUUGGCAGAAUCCAGGAGGACCGCAAGGUCAGCCCAUGGUUGCACAACAGUCACCGGCGACACAGCCAGCACCCAAUCCACAAGAGCGAAAUACCAUGCCGCCUCCAUCUGCACCGCCUCAAGGAACCAAACCMCCCUCGCCUCAGCAAGGAGCUGCUCCGCCGACUCCCCAGCAAGCGAACAAGCCGGCACCUAAGGGUAAGAAGGAUACCGCAAAAGAGCGCAAGCGUAUCACAAAGAAGGGAGCUGCAGCGGCCAAUGCCAACACUGCGGCGACCCCGUCGUCCGAGGCCGAACCUCCCCCAACACCAACCCCAUCCACUCCCAUCACGCCUCAGCAUCCAAGCUCUUUCAAAAACGGAGUCAAUGCAACGACGGCGACCCAGCAGCAGCCUACUUCGGCGCCUGCACCACCUAUUGUACAGCAACCCGAUCCUAACGUUACAAACUUUAAUGACCUUGGCAUGCCAGACCCAUCAAAUUUCAACCUCGACUUCAGCACUCUGGAGAAUCCCGAGGUCUUGGAGAACUUUGACUUUGACUCAUUCCUUAACACCGACGCUGAUGCGACGGGUUUCGGAUUUGAUCCAAGUAGUAUCACAUACCCUACAGAUGGAGUUGAAACAGGCACGGACGGUUUGUAA